ACCCCGCGCUUCUCAAUAGCAUGUGUCUGAUAUUCGAGCAGCCCGCACACUUCACACAUUCUUGCAAUCCACUCCCCAUGGAUUUCGGGGAGAAAGAGAUAUAAAAUAGAAGCAUACAAUAACCGCAAACAUGGCAGAGGUCGCACAAGCUCCUGCAGAAGUUCAAGCUCGGCAGAUCACAUAUUGCGGCGUUUGCACAUUACCUCCAGAGUACUGCGAAUUUGGCGGGACGGCAAAAAAAUGUCAAGAUUGGUUAAAGGAGAACCAGCCGCAACUGUAUCAACGGUUAUACUCUGAUGAAGCUAUAAGCGCGAACCUCUCAGCUCUCUCCGUUUCUGUCCAGGAACGCGCAGCCAAGGAUGCCGCGAAGAAGGAAGCAAAGGCUGCCGCGGCAGAAGCACGAGACGCCGAGCGACGGGCGACGUCGAAGGUCCAAAUAAAGCGUGUCGAGCGGAACAAGCGUAAGCAUGUUAGUGUUCUUACGGGCCUCGAGGUUUAUGGCCUAGAGAAUAAGAAAGUGGCUAAGGAAUUGGGCAAAAAAUUUGCGACGGGAUCCUCAGUCACGAAGUCCGCUGCUGGAAUUGAGGAGAUCACAGUGCAGGGUGAUGUUUGUGAAGAUAUUAAGGAAUGGUUAUUGGAACAAUAUGGAAAGGGAAUUUCCGAGUCUAAUAUUGAGAUUGUCGAAGAUAAGAAGAAGAAGAAAGGGGGGGCUGCUGAACCCUAAGGUUUCAUAAAAAUCGAUGAUCACAACAAUCAUGCUCUAUCCAAAGCUUCCAUGUGAAGGUCACAGCUAGGGUAACAAACAU